UCGUCCCCUCUUCUCUCUCUCUGAUGGUGAAGAAAGAACUCAAGAAGAGAUGAGAGAGAGAGUUGUUAGCUAGCUCACACGCUUUCGCUUAAAACUCAAAAACCUGCACUUUCUCGUCUCUUUUCUCGGCAUUCGUAAAACAGAACCAAAAAAAAAAAGUUGGGUCUCUGAGAAAAAACCACAAAUCUUGAGUCUUUCUUCGCCAAUGGAUUCCAGAGAAAUCCACCACCACCAGCAACAGCAACAACAACAACAGCAACAUCUACAACAACAACAACAACCACCGCCAGGGAUGUUAAUGAGUAACCACAAUUCCUACAAUCGAAACCCUAACGCCGCCGCCGCCGCAGCUUUAAUGGGUCACACCUCUACAUCUCAAGCUAUGCAUCAGAGAAUACCUUUCGGUGCUAUCCCAUCGCAUCAACCUCAUCCUCCUCAACAGCAUCAUCCUCAGCAUCAGCAUCAUUACCAUCAUCCUCAGCCACAUCAACAGAUGGAUCAGAAGACUCUUGAAGUUCUUGGAUUCGACGGAUCGCCGUCCUCUGUUGCCGCGGCUCAACAGCAUUCGAUGAGAUUUGGGAUCGAGCAGCAACAACAGGUCAAGAAGAAACGAGGAAGACCUAGGAAGUACGCUGCUGAUGGUGGUGGUGGUGGGAAUAACAUUGCUCUUGGUUUGGCUCCUACUUCGCCUCUUCCUUCAGCUUCUAAUUCAUACGGUGGUGGAAACGAAGGAGGAGCUGGUGGUGGUGGUGAUAGUGGAGGAGCUAAUGCUAACUCUUCCGAUCCACCUGCUAAACGGAACAGGGGACGUCCUCCUGGCUCCGGUAAGAAGCAGCUCGACGCUUUAGGAGGAACAGGAGGAGUUGGGUUUACACCUCAUGUCAUUGAAGUCAAAACUGGAGAGGACAUAGCUAUGAAGGUAAUGGCGUUUACGAACCAAGGGCCACGCGCAAUCUGUAUUCUCUCAGCUACAGGAGCUGUAUCUAAUGUGAUGCUUCGUCAAUCUACCAGUCCUAGUGGAAUUGUUAAGUUUGAGGGCCGAUAUGAAAUCAUUUCUCUGUCAGGUUCUUUCUUGAAUUCUGAGAGUAAUGGUACUGUGACCAAAAGUGGUAACUUGAGUGUGUCGCUGGCUGGACAAGAUGGCCGGAUUGUGGGUGGAACUGUUGCUGGAAUGCUUGUUGCUGGAUCACAAGUCCAGGUCAUUGUCGGAAGCUUUGUACCAGAUGGAAAGAAGCAGAAACAAAGCGCAGGGCGUGCUCAGAAUACUCCAGAGCCAGCUUCAGCACCAGCCAAUAUGUUGAGCUUUGGUGGUGGUGGUGGUGGUGGUGGACUGGGAAGCCCUGGAUCUCAAGGACAACAACACUCGAGCGAGUCGUCAGAGGAAAACGAAAGCAAUUCCCCGUUGCACCGUGGAAGCAACAACAACAACAACAACAACAAUAGUCAUGGUCUAUUUGGAAACUCAACACCUCAAUCGCUUCAGCAAAUGCCUAUGCCGAUGUACCCGCUCUGGCCUGGGCCUGGCCAGAAUCAUCAAUAAAUAGAUGGUUCCAUGGGUCGGAUUGACCGGGUUUGCUUCUCUCUGUUCCUUUUGACACACAUCUCUCCAUCAGAAUUAUCUCUAUAAAGUAGAUUGAGCUUUCUUACUCUCUCCCAUCUUCUUCUCCUUACCGGUUCUCUUAAAUUUAGCUUUUGUUUUAGAUAAAUAGAGAGAGAGGGAGACUUGUUAAGUAGGUUUCAAUUCAAUCUUGUUUAGUUUGUUUCUCUUAGUAGUUUCUUUUGAUUGUGAUGAUCAUAAAAAGACUUGCUCUUUUCUUCUAUCAUCAACGAAUUAUAUCCA